AUGGAGCAACUUUCCAACGCACCCAUCACUGACUUCCUUAUUCACUUGAUGAAAAUCGAGAGCACAACUGGCCAGGAAGGUAUGGUAUCUUGAAGCUUGGCAAGUUACAGUACAAUUUCAGCUGCGGUCGCUGACUGUAUUCAAAGGUUUUGUGAGUUUUUGGGCUUCGAAGUUGUGAAGCAGUCGUUGAAACCAAAUUAUACGCGGUGUAACCUACUGAUUAAAAAGCCCAACACGAAGAUUGAAGAUAUCAAAUACCUCUUGAACACUCACUUGGACACGGUACCCCCUUAUACCCAUCCUCGUAUUGGAGACGGUUGUAUCUAUGGAAGAGGGUCUAAUGAUGCCAAAGGUUUGUUUGGAAGAACCUUUCUUUACAGCUUGUUUAAGGUCAAAUUGCCUCUAUGAUAUUCGCCUUGAGAAAACUAAAGGGUGAGAACGAGCAGCUGAGUGAUCAAACGGCAUUGUUACUAGUCGUUGGCGAAGAAACGGACCAUGUUGGCAUGACAGAGGCUAACAAUUUGAACAUUCACCCCAAAUACCUGGUGGUUGGAGAGCCGACUGAACUCACUUUUGGUCAUGCACAGAAAGGAGCACUUAAGGUAAUUUGUUAGACUUUUUGUGAAAUUUCACAACAACUUAAUUUUUACAAACAAUUUUUUAUCUGUACGCUUCACUCAUCUUGAUACCAGUUUAGAUACAACUAGUAGCCAGAGGUCAAGCUGCCCAUUCAGGAUACCCAGAGAAAGGCCACAGUGCGGUCCAUCUGCUUCUAGAUGUACUUGCAAACCUCCGUGCCAACGAAUGGCCACAACACAAUGAUCUUGGUGAGACUACAUUAAACAUAGGUCUUCUGAAUGGAGGCCAAGCCAUGAAUGCGUUGGCUGAACACGCUGAAGCCGGCUUGAUGUUCAGAGUGGUCGAUUCGGCGUCGAAUUUGUUGGAGGAGGUUGAGAGAAUAGUCAAAGGACGAGUCGAGAUAAAGGUUUUGGGGCUCAACGAACCGGUCAUUUUGACGAGUAAGUUAGUUAUUACGUUGUAAAGACCUUAUUAAGUAGAGUAGUUAAUACAGUAUACAAAUUGAUAACAUACUUGCAGAACCACCUGAGCCAUUCGAGAGCAAAGUAGUCGCCUUCAACACAGACAUUCCCUACUUUGACAAGUACAAGCAACUGGAUGGCGUCUUUCUGAUCGGUUGUGGAUCCAUAACCACCGCCCAUUCCAAACAUGAGUACGUACCAAUCGAGGAGCUGGAACAAUGUCCAGAACUUUUAUACUCACUUUUGACAAAACUGCACGAAGGUAGUGAAGAGUGA